GCUGCAGUAAAAGCAUGUAAAACAUAGAUACGUACAAUUUGAAAUAGUUUAAGCGGGUUUCCUUCUCGAGCUUCCAAUCCGGCGGUUCGUAAACAUCCUCUUUUCAUUCUUUUAAUAGAAUACCAGCUCGACGUGACCAUCACUAUGGAUAAUCCUCAAACUCCUAGCUUCGUACUCAGAUUUGUACCAGUAAGUCACCUCGAUAACAUCGUUGACCGGGUCGAGCCGAUUUGGAUCACCUCCUUAUGCAUCCGUAUCGCAUUUUGUAGGAGCGGUAGCACCGGAAGGGCUUCUUUUAGGGUCAUCGCUGGAAAUGUAGUAACAAGGCAACAGGCCAAAACUUUGAUAGAUGCUGGAUGUGACGCACUCCGUGUCGGUAUGGGAUCCGGUUCCAUCUGCAUUACACAGGAGGUUAUGGCAUGCGGAUGUCCUCAAGCAACUGCUGUAUACCAAGUCAGUAGAAUUGCCCGAGAAUUUGGCGUACCGGUAAUCGCUGAUGGAGGAAUACAAUCAAUUGGGCACAUUAUGAAAGCUCUUUCUCUGGGAGCAUCCAGUGUUAUGAUGGGAUCGCUUCUCGCCGGUACAUCAGAAGCUCCAGGAGAGUAUUUUUUUAGCGAUGGUGUACGCCUAAAGAAAUAUCGUGGAAUGGGCAGUCUGGAAGCAAUGGAGCGUAAAGAUGCAAAGGGUGCGGCUGGUGCCCGAUAUUUCCAUACAGACAUGGACAAAUUGCGUGUGGCACAAGGAGUAAGCGGAAGCAUAGUUGAUAAAGGAUCUGUUCUUCGAUUCUUGCCUUAUCUUCAAUGCGGUUUACAGCACAGCUGUCAAGAUAUUGGCACAAGAUCUCUACAAAACCUUAAGAAAAUGAUUUACAAUGGAGAGCUACGUUUCAUGAGACGCACUCAUUCGGCUCAAGCUGAAGGCAAUGUUCACAGCUUAUUUAAUUACGAGAAGAGACUGUUUUAACAGCGAUAUAAACAAAGAGUCUGAAGGCCUACGAAUCAUGAUUUUUUUUUUAUUUUAUAGUAACCUUUUAGUUUAUAUGUAAAGUAAAAUCAAUGUGUCAAAUAAUAGUGUUGAAAACUAUUCCGUUUUAUUGAUGAUAUAAUAACAGGUGUUAUAGGUAUAAAGCAACCAAUUUGUUGUAGAAUGUAAACAGGAAUUAAUCGACGUAAAAUUUAGACACUUGAUUGAAAAUCUCUGCCCAACCAUUUUCAAAGUAUUGAAAUUAUAUUUCUAAAACGUGAAACUACUUACAAACUACUAAUUAGAUUAUUACUUGAAUGAUAAGGCAGUAAUUGUUCAUCGUAAAAUUAUUUUUGAAAAUUUUAUUGUGUAUCAAAUAAAACCAUGUGAUUCAA